AUGAUGAUGAAUGAACCACUGGUAAUUAAAGGACUAACCGCGAUUCCUGUGAGUUUGGGUAAAUGUAUUACUCACUUUAUGUAUGCAGAAAAAUUGGGGAAAAAAUCUGUUCUAAUUUACAAUGUACAUCCUUUAAUGGACGCGAAGUCAUUGUUGAAUUUCUUUAAAUUAUUUGGUGAAAUAACUAGUUUACGCUACUCACCACCUGAAGCUCGAUGUGUCUUUGAAUUCGACAAAUCAGAAUGUGUAGAAAAAAUUCUAGUAUCUCCAAUGAAUACAACUCACGAGUUCGAAUUGACCGAUGUUAACAUUCCUGAAUGCUAUUUAUCUCGGAAUCCCGAAUGGAUAAUAGAUUAUCAAAAGGCUAAAAGUGAUUCGGAAGCGAUUCUACAGAAUUAUUUCAAGAAACGUAUGGAAUACAGUAACAAACCUGAUGAUGACGGUUGGAUCACGGUCAGAAAAGGAACGAGACUUUAA